AUGAAACUCGAACACGGUCAACAGUCAUUGAUGAGUACCAUCAGCCUCAUUGUCAGUGAACGUACCGACAUUGGAUUGUACCCAUUGCUAUUUGGCCUCUUCGGCCUGAUCUUUCUUGGGAAGUUCGUUGUCAAGACUCUACGUGCACUGCACCAGAGAUAUGGUGAUGUUGUUCGAGUAGGUCCGAAUGAAGUCUCCUUGUCGAACUGGACCGCAUACCGAGACAUCUACAGCCGGAACACGACCAAAACAGAGCAUUUCUACAAGGACACGAGACUUACAGGCCACGAAAACCUAUUCACAUUCCGUAACAAAGAAGCGCACGCCGCUCGCCGAAAGCUCCAGAAUGUGUCGUACUCUCAACAAUCGAUACUUGCAAACGAGUCUUUCAUUGCUGAGAAAGUUGACGUUCUUAUAAAAAGAAUUAUGAAAAACGCCAAUGAAUCCUCAUCGGGCCUCACCACGGAUGUCUACCCACUCUGUGGUCUUUUCAGCUUAGAAGUCAUCCUAGGCAGCGCAUUUAAUCGACACUACGGAGAGUCUGUCAGUGGCGACUCCUUGGCCUUGUUGAAGGCGAUGGAGUGCACGGGGGUCGCGGGACAAGUAAAAACCGCGCUACCAUUCAUUACCCGAUCCAGAGGUGUUCACAUCCCCGGCUUCUUGGGUCAUUGCUUUCGGCAAUGGGAUUUAUGGGAAAAGAUGACACAACAGCUAGCCGAAGAAUUUAAGAGAAACGAGAUCGAUGCUGACACGGAGGAAAGAUUCACGGUGACACCAAUGGUGAAGCACGAGGAUACGUUUCUGCACCGAAAGCUGAAUCAGCAGGAACUUAUCGAGGAGCUUAUGGGGUUGACUUUUGCGGGCAGCGGGACAACAUCCACAACCUUGGUUUAUUUGAUUUACUCGUUGGCGCGAAAUGCUCCUAUUCAAGAUCGCCUGCGACAAGAGCUUCGAGGUGUCAAGGAUGUCACAAUCAAGGGAGUCCAGGAUUUGCCUCUACUCAGCGCCAUCAUCAAAGAAACGUUGCGCCUCUAUCCCGCCAUUAUCUCCACCCUCCCACGAGUCUUGGACCGCACAAUGACGAUCGACAAAUGUAUCCUACCAGCAGGCACGUAUGUUGGAAUGCAAAACUUUGUACACCAACGAGACUCGAGCGUUUUCCCCGAGCCGGACGACUUCAUCCCGGACCGGUGGCUGAUCAAUGACCAGGAUAAGUUGAAAGAAAUGAAUGCGGCUCUGACACCUUUUUCCGUGGGACCGAGAAAUUGCAUUGGCCAGAACUUGGCAAAAGCAGAGCUCUAUCUGGCCACUGGAAAGAUAUUCAAUCACCUGAAGCUCGGUCUCAACUCCAGUAUGACGGAAUGGGACAUGGAGAUGGAGGAUCGGUUCGCCGUGGCAUCUCGGGGAAAACGAUUGCUGGUGGAUGUGGAGGUACUGGGUCGACAAGACUGA